UUAGAAAGUUGUUGGGCCAUCUCGCACUGGCAGCGCCUUCGGAUUUCUUCAGGGUGAAGGCUGCGGAAACAGUGCUUAUCGAAACUUUGUCUCUGAGGUCUCAUCAUGGCCCCGGGCCUCAGGGCUGCGACGUUUGAUCUCCAAGGACCGUGCCCAGCAGGAACGCUGCAGUUGCAAGCACCCCGCUGCGAUCAUGGAGCGCCGUGUCAAGAUCUGAGAGCCUUACCACGGCAUUGCUCAAGAAGUGAUGGUUUGGGGUCCUUGCUUCGAUCCUCUCACCAUUUCACGGGGUUUUUGGACCAUGUCCAAGCCAAAAGUAAAGCAAGCUUCCCCAGGCCUUGUACGCGCGCUGUUUUAGAUGUACCACCACUUGCCAGCACGCCAGACCGACCCCUAGAGAAGGAGUUGGCAGACUAUACGCAAAGCAGAGUGGCACAAUCGACAGAUACAGCCCGCCCAAGUGCUUCAGACGUCGCCAGCUCGAGUGGCAGUGAAAGCUUGCCGAACAAUGCUGCCGGUCCGACUGACAGCGAAAGCCUGUUGCAAACGGAUGAGAUUCGACCGCCACGGGGAGAAACUGCAGGAGCGGUCCUUGUGGUGGAAGACGCAAUCAUCAGUGUGGGCGGAAAUGACCUGUUGAAAGAUGCCAACCUGCGUCUUGUUCCAAAGCAAAAGAUUGCAGUUGUUGGGCCAAACGGGGCUGGCAAGUCAACAUUGAUUCGGGCCUGUGUCGGCAAGCUCGCCCCAGAGGGUGGGCGGAUAGUGGUGUCUCGCGGAGUGCACGUGGGUUAUCUGGAGCAAACUGCGGUUAGCGGCUCUGACCGCUCUGUCUGGGACGAGGCUGCCUCGCGAAUGGAUGACAUCAACCAAGCCUGGGCAGCGGUCACAGCGGCAGAGGAGGAGCUAAUGGAGGCGGAGGAGAAAGGCCUAGCAGACAGACAGGUGGAGGCGAUAGCAGAGCGACUGAUGGAACACCAGGAAAGGUUGGAGGCGGUGGGCGGGUAUCGGAAAGACGAAAUGAUAGCUAGCGUCCUGGACGGGCUAGGCUUUGCCAAGUCUGACUGGGGGAAGAAGUGCAGUGAGUUCUCUGGCGGUUGGCAGAUGCGCAUUGCGCUGGCGCGUUUGCUGCUGAGCACGCAGUCUGCCUCGCAGGGGGGCAAGAAGGACACACUGUUGGUGCUGGACGAGCCGACCAACCACCUGGACGUGGCGGCCCGGCAGUGGCUGGCGGGCCAUCUGAAGGCGUCAGACAGUGCGUGCAUGCUGGUGACGCACGACGAGAAUCUGCUGACCAGCAUGGGCGUCGAUCGGAUUGCCGAGGUUGCGCGCGGCACGCUCGAGGUCUAUAACUGCGGCUACCAAAAGUUCCUGACGGAACGUGCCGCGCGCCUCGACCAGGCUGUGCGCGCGUACGAGAAGCAGCAGGCGGAGAUUGCGCACAUGCAGGAGUUCGUGAACAAGCUGGGGGCCAAGGCCACCAAGGCGUCCGCGGCACAGUCGCGCCUCAAAGCGAUUGCACGCAUUGACAAGCUGGAGGCCCCCGUCACAGACAAACCCAAGGCGCGAGUAGCAAUCAACUUGCCUGCGCCCCUGCCGUCGGCCGUGGAGGUUCUCAAGCUGAAGGACGGGGUGGUGGGCUGGACAAAGGAGGCGCCCCUCAUCCGGGACGUGCAGUUCUGCAUUGAGCGGGGACAGAGAGUGGUGCUGCUGGGUCCCAACGGCGCGGGCAAGUCGACGCUGCUGCACAGCCUGGCGGGGCGCCACCCGCUGCAGGGCGGCCAGCGCAUCCUGGGGCGGGACGCCAAGCUGGGCGUAUUCACACAGGAUCUUGCGCAGUACCUGCCGCAGGACAAGUCGGGCUUGGACUACCUCAUGGACGUUGCUUCGGAGGACGGUACACACCUGACCCUCGAGCGCGGCCGGUCCAUGCUCGGAGCUCUGGGUCUGUCGGGCGACAAGGCCCUGCGGCCGAUCUCUGCGCUCUCGGGGGGGGAGAAGGCGCGGGUGGCGCUGGCCACGUUUGUGCUGCGGCCGUGCAAUGUCAUGAUGCUAGACGAGCCGUCCAAUCACCUGGACAAGGCGACCAUUGAAGCGUUGACGGCCGCGCUGAAAAAGUGGGGGGGCGCGAUCCUGGUUAUCUCCCACGACCGCGAGUUUUGCUCCGCGCUGGAGCCGACGCAUGUGGCGCGCGUGCUGCCGGGAGGGGGCUUCGAGAUGCGGCAUACGCUACUGGGGGAGGUUGAGUUUGGCGAUCCGGCGGAAGGAAUCACGGGGCGGGAGGACGUAAGGGAGAAGCCGGGUCAAAAAGGGGUCGUGGGACCGGAACUGGACCGGAACGGGUUGAGCAAGAAGUUGAAGGAGGUGAAACGGCGCAUUGCCAAACUAGAGGACUCCAUUCAGCAGGAAGAGAAGGUAUGCGCGCAGUGUGAUGAGAGGAUGUUGGCGGCCGGAGCUGACGUGCAGAAAGCGAUGGCGGAGCAGAGAAAGAAGGUUGCGAGCCAAGCGAAGCUGGCCAAGUACGAGGAGGAGUGGGAGACAAGAGAGGAGGAGCGGGAGUCGUUGCAAAAGUUGUGGGAUGCCAGCGGCUUCACGUGAGACCGUCAAUGAUUUUUGGCAGACUCCAGAUGGACUUCUGCGCAUUCAAUUUGAGCACGCACACCGUUAAGAAAGUCGCAUAUCACUACUUGAGAUACUAGAACGAACCCGAAGGUUGCAACAAUUGUUGAUUAUAUAGCACUCGAGCAUAUAGCUCUCGAAGGUAGAGAGUGGUCCCAGAUUAUAAGCAAAGCUGUCUGACUUUCUUUGAAUCAACAUUCUUUGAAUCAACAUCCUACUAUCUUCGUAAGCCACUGCUGGACAUCGAGAUCUGCCGAGCUUGCACUCCUAUAGGCGCUGAACGACCG